AUCUAUCCGCAUUGAUGCUUUCUUCUAAUGUAAAUGGGCAGGUGGUUGAACAGUCUGCUUUGGACACAGGUGCGAUUAGACGGGUUAUCAUUUCACUUGACUUGUGCGAAUUCGAAACGAAUGCGGUACUUUUGAAAUUGUCGGGCAAUUUGAUGUGACAGAAAAUUAAAGCGAAAAUAAAAAUUACAAACGAAAAAAAAAUGUCGAUAUCAGAAAAAGAUGCAUCCGUCAAAGAAUCUCAAGCCCAAUAUAUUGAAAAUAUCAAAAGGAUUUCAGAAUCUCGUUUAUCGAUACAAAGUAACAAUGGCUCGGUGGGAAAGGAUUUGGUGAAGAAUUUCUGUUAUGAAGAUGUUUUGAAUAUUAUCGGUUUUGGUAGAACACAAUAUUUAAUGUUGUUCACCUGUGGCCUGUUGCUAAUGAUGGUCAUUUGUGAAACAAUGGGCAUGAGUAUUAUAACGAUUGCUUCGAAAUGUGAUUUCAAUACCAACUCGGUGGAAAUGGCCGUAAUGAGUGCUGCUGCAUUUAUUGGUAUUUUAUGUUCAUCCUAUGUUUGGGGCUAUCUGUGCGAUAUGUAUGGACGCAAGCCGAUUUUAAUGUAUACCACCCUGAUUGGUAAUGUGGUGUCACUGCUCUCGAUAUUCGUUCCCUAUUUUUGGCUGUUUGUUUUUCUGCGAUUCGUUGUGGGAAUAUUUAUUGCUGGCGCCUCUUCAACCACCUACGCCUAUUUGGGUGAAUUCGUAUCGAUACGCCACCGCCCAGUUGUGAUCAAUUUCACCAGUAUGUUUGUGGCACUGGCAAUGACCUAUGUCCCUGCAAUCGCCUGGCUGGUACUAUCAAUGGAUUGGUCUUUCGAUAUAUCCGAUAGUUUUGCAUUUCGUCCAUGGCGUUUGCUGACUGUCUUCAAUAUUUUACCGGGUUUCAUUGCCAUUCUGAUUAUGUCAAAGCUACCAGAUAGUCCGAGAAUUUUGAUGUCCAUUCGAAAACAGGAGGAAGCAUUUGCUGCCACAAACUGGAUUGCUAAAUUGAAUACGGGCAAGACAUUGGCUGAUUUUAAUAUCUAUAAAAUCUACGAUGAAAACCCGACGGAAAGUGAUAAGCUGAUACAGACAUCGAAGUCAUUUGUCCAGAUAAUGAAACAAAUGUGGAUCGACACCAAGCCCUUGUUCAAGAAACCCCAUUUGGUGAACUUCGUCACAUGCUGUAUUGUAAUGUGCGGGGUAUUUUUUGUAAAUUCCGGCAUGGGUCUUUGGUAUCCAACAAUUCAAAAUCGUUUAGGUUCCGUAGAUGAUGAAACACAGAUGAGUAUCUGCCAAGUUAUUGAUGCCUCGAUGGAACAGCAGAAUUCUAAUUCAACAGAUUAUGUUUGUGAUGACACUAUAACAAGAAAAUCCUACAUCGAUUCAAUAACAUUUGGUUUGGUCUAUUUGGGUGCUUACUUUGUGUUGGGUUUCAUAAUUAAUCCCUUGGGCCGUAAACGUACCAUUAUCCUGCUAUUGACGGUAUCUGCCAUUUGUGGCAUUGUUUUGCAUUGGAUAAUGGAACCCAUUGCAAUUGUAGCAUGUUUCAUUCUGUUUGUAAUGCUGCCGGGACUGUGUGUGUCAAUAUUGAGUGGAGCUGUGGUGGAUUUGGUUCCCACACAUUUGAGAGGGAAAGCCGUAUGCAUUUGCCUGAUGUUGGGACGCUCUGGUAGCGUUAUUGGCAGCAAUAUUAUUGGUGUACUGCUGGAGUCAUAUUGCAGCAUAACAUUUGGGGUGUUUUAUGCCCUCGUCUUGGUCUGUGCUGGCUUGACCUUACUGUUACCCAUCUAAAAAUAUGUGAUUCAAGACUGUAAAAUGGAGUUGAAAUUGGUCCAGAGCAUCGAACCAUUUUUGCCAUUUUCACGACUUUAGUUUUAAUAAUAGUUCUAAGGAAGUGUUCAAAUAAUUUUUAUAUUUUAAAAUUAAGCCUGAUUUAAUUUUAAGAUUUAUUGGAAUAAGUGUGGUGAAAAUUGAAGUUGGAAUAAUGUAAAGGAAGAAGAUUGAAAUUCAUAAAAAUGAAAUGAGAUAUAUUUUAAAAAAAUUAAGACUAUUUUCGUUUGUAUAAAUUUUAAUCUUCUUCUUUUAUAAUCUUAAAUAAAUUGGCAGAUUUAAUACGUCAGUUGUAGUCAGUAUUAGGCCAAUUUAACAUUUUUAUAACAAAAUCAAAUCAACUUAUUAUUUUACGUUAAAUAAGCUGGAUUUUAUAUCUGUUACAGAAUUUCUAUGAUAUUUGUUAGUUAGCUCUAAUUUUAAAAUUAGGAACUUCCCAUGAAGUCCCUAUAUAUUUGCUGUUUCAGAACUGCAAAAAUGUAAAAAAUUGUACAACCAUAAUCGAUUUCCCCUUUAUCAUAUCGAAAAAAAUUCCAAAU